CCAGAGCGUCUUCCUUCAUCGCUCUCCCCAGAUUGGCUGACAGAUGGCAGGAGGGCCUUAGCACAACCCUUUUCCCAAUAGAAAGGUAACGCUGCGUGACAGGCGUUCAGAUCAGCCAGUUACUGGCGGCGUGAACUCCCCCACCCCUCUCUCUGUUGCAAAAUGGCGGCGACAGCUCCCGCUCCAGCUCCAGCUCCUCCCGUGGCAGCUCCGGCGCAGAGUCCGACUACGGCGCCUACCACACCGACGGGAAACGCUCCCCCCACUGCCGCGCCGCUCCCGCCUGUCACUCCAGCACCGCCGCCGCCGCCGGCCGCGCCUCUGUCGGCAUCGCUCUCGGGCCCGUUCCCCGGCGGCCGCGUGGUGCGGCUGCACCCGGUCGUGCUCGCCUCCAUCGUGGACAGCUUCGAGCGGCGCAACGAGGGCGCGGCGCGGGUCAUCGGGACGCUGCUGGGGACUGUGGACAAGCAUUCGGUGGAGGUCACUAACUGCUUCUCAGUCCCUCACAACGAAUCCGAAGAUGAGGUGGCAGUCGAUAUGGAAUUUGCCAAAAACAUGUAUGAGUUGCACAAGAAGGUGUCUCCUAACGAGAUCAUUUUGGGCUGGUAUGCAACAGGCCACGAUAUCACAGAACAUUCUGUCCUGAUCCAUGAAUAUUACAGCCGGGAAGCACACAAUCCAAUCCAUCUCACUGUGGACACAAGUCUCCAGAAUUCACGCAUGAGCAUUAAAGCCUAUGUCAGUGCCCCAAUGGGAGUCCCUGGUAAAACUAUGGGCGUGAUGUUCACACCUCUGACAGUGAAGUAUGUUUAUUAUGAUACAGAGCGGAUAGGAGUGGAUCUUAUCAUGAAGACUUGCUUUAGCCCUAACCGAGUGAUUGGCUUGUCCAGUGACUUACAGCAGGUGGGGUCAGCAUCAGCCAGGAUUCAGGACACCCUCACCAUGGUGCUGCAGUAUGCAGAGGAUGUGUUGUCUGGCAAAGUGGCUGCUGACAACACUGUUGGUCGUUUCCUGAUGGAUCUCAUUAACCAGGUGCCAAAGAUUUCACCAGAGGACUUUGAGACAAUGUUGAACAGCAAUAUCAAUGACUUGCUGAUGGUAACCUACUUGGCAAACCUCACACAGUCACAGAUUGCUCUAAAUGAAAAACUUCUGAGUUUAUAAAGAAAAUUGUGCCACCCUACACGUCAAAGAGCCUGAAGAAUGGGCAGAAACGCUUUUCUAUGUUGUUACAAAAUUUCCCCAGAUGUUAAUUUAAUUACCUAGAUGACUUGGUUUUUAUUUUUGUUUCAUUGCCCUGAAAAAUCCUUACCAUGGUUUAGGAAACUCAUGAGAAUGGCUGCAAUUUAGAUGAGUCCAAUAUUUUUAAAUUGAUUACAUGAGUCUUUUGUCUCCUGGGUUUAUGUACUUGUGUAACAAAAUACAGCUUUAUUGUAAGAAUGUAUUUGAAAUAAAAGUUCCAUUGCAAUAGCAA